CUUGUACCAAUAUUCAUGUGUCCAAAUAAAUAAAUAAAUAGUAACAAAUCAGGUCCCACUCGAAUAUCGGUAUUAUCAUGUCUUCGAGCCCUCUUUAACAAAAAUCUCGUUAUUUCUCCGAUCCUACGAUUACCUUAAGGAGUCUAUAUGGUGAGCGUUCCAUAUUUUCGUCAGUUUUGUGGCCUGAACUGCUAUAUGUUUGUCUGGUAGGGUGUUGUGAAUAAAUGCCCCAACCUCUUCCAAAUCAUACUCGUGUCUAAUAUUUGAAUCAGGGUCGUUUGAUUCUUUCAAAUUAAUUCAACAGUCUCUUAAUACUGAAAUCCAGUCACUGAGGCUCCUUUGAGAUUCUGGAAUAUCAGAAGGACAAUCACAUCUUUUUGUAACUUCACUGUUGCAGUACAACAAAGUUUGUUGUUUGAAGUGACGAACACAUUUCAAAAGUUGUCCCUACAAUGGGGAAGGAUGGCCCAAAGCAGAGGGAUUACGUUGUGGCUGUGAUAGAUGCAGUCAAGUGUCCUAUUAACAUAACAUUGUUCCUCAUAUGCAUUUUACUCGUUUAUUUAAGUCUGAGGCCACUGUUAAGAAAAAAGAAAUCUCAGAAAUGUGAAGUCCCGAAAAUGGGGAAACGUGAUUUCACAUUAGAGGAACUUCAGAGCUUCGAUGGCAGUGGCGAACAUAAGAGAAUAUUAAUCGCAGUUAAUGGUAAGAUAUUCGAUGUCACGAACAAGGGACAGGGAUUUUAUGGCAAGGGCGCACCGUAUGCUGCUUUUGCCGGUAGAGAUGCAUCAAGAGCACUUGCGUGCUUCAACCUUGAAACAAAAAAUGACUAUGACGAUCUUUCUGAUCUUACUGCUGAUCAAAUGCAAACCCUGAGGGAAUGGGAACUGCAGUUUUCCGAGCGUUAUGAUCAUGUUGGGCGACUUUUGAAGCCAGGAGAGCCUCAUCGGGUUUAUGAAGUCAAUGAUGGAGAAGAUGACGUUGGAACCAACCAUGUUCAAAGUGCACUUAAGAAAAAAGUAACUUGAAAGUGUCUACUUCUGUUCUAAGUAUCUUAUGUAUCUAAACUUAGAAUAUGAUUUUCUUAUCUGGACUGAUCAUCCAUGAUGCCUACAUUACAACUCUCAGUUAUUAUUUUUGACUUGGUUUUCGAUCCGUGCAAUAAUAAAACCGUUAAAUGAAACACUCGUCCACACAAAUAUGUGCACCAUAGAGUGAAUCUCUUAAAAUUCAAACAUAAAUCUACAUUUCCGGGUAUUUGUUUAUUGUAUUCUGUUCUUAUAAUUACAAAUCAUUUUGAAUACACUAUAUGUUUGAUCUGGUUGCUACUGCUUAAUCAUAAUGUAAAUAUUUGUAACUUUCCACAAAUAUACAUGUUAAAAGCUUAUUUUCAUCCCAGAGCCUCAUUUUUCGUUGCUCGGAUUCAUGUUACCAAUACUCAGCUGGUGACAUGAUUAUAUCUGGCGUUCAGGCAAGUUUCGUUCAUAAGCCUCUACGAUCAGUUUUAAAAGUUCAUCAAUUAGGUUUACUAAAAAACCUCAAAUUAAUGCAAAAUAAACCAUUUAUCUGGUCAAGAGACAUAGACUUAUGUGGAAAAAUGUAAUCAACCAACUUUACUGUUAUAUGUAGUCAUUUUACCACUGAUCCCGUCUAUGUAUAACGCUCGUUCAUUUUUAACCGCCGACCUGGAUCUGAAUUAUGCCAUUUUAUGCACCAAAUGGAUCUUCCGUCCUGAUGGUCGACAAAUUCAUCUAUUAAAACUGACCAGUCAGUAAAUGAUUCAAAACACAUUUGAUAUUCUGUAAUUAGCGAACUUGAGUUGAUUAUUUAAAACAGAACCAAACAUUAUGGCAGGUUGAAAAAGAUGUUACGUAUACUAUUAAAUAAGGCUAAUGUUGAUGUUGGCAAGAAAACGUCGGAAAUGACUGGUAAUGUGAAGUAGAGGUAACUAACAAUUAUGAGACACUAUACAAUCAUGAUGGAGAUAAUGAGUGAUUCUAUAAAGCCGAAAAUCAAAUCAAUGCGUAAACAUCAAUAAUGUUAUGCAAAAAAUAAAAGUAUUCCUGUACAACUCUUUACUUGUACAAGGAGAGGCUUGCCACACUUUCCAUCUGCCCACAUAGAUUAGGUCUAAAACGUUUGAUCGUAGUAACCUCUACAAAGCGGAGUAUAGUUGAUGUUUGUUCGUCAAUUAUUUUGAAUGCUUUAGAAGAUAUUCACAUCGUGUCCACUAUUUAUUAAGUGCCUAAUAAUUAUAUAUGUGUAAAUUUACUACUUAUCAGGCAUAGUCUCUCGAGAACAUGUUCAGAAAAAAACCGUUAAAGCACCUUUUCAGUCCUUUUUGUAUAAAUGCCACCAAACUUAUGUUCAAAUUGGUAAGUGGGUAUGGAAGUGGCGUUAGAAAGGUGUUGAUCUACUUUUAAGUGGUGUCAUAUAAUGAAGCCAGUUAACCUGCAGGGAAGAGUUGUUUGUACAAUGCUUUAUUUCACAUAGUGAUCGGUAUGAGGAUUACCCUAAUAAGGUUAGUCGUCCAAACUAUCAUUACUUAAAUAAGAAAAUACGUAACAACAGUAUACUGAGUUAGAAAUGGUGGUAAACAACGUUGAAGUAUUAGUAUUAGACGAGUCAAUGCUACCGUUCUCCAUAUUUACAGUUUGUAAGAAAGUCUAUCAAAAUUUAGUCUGCUUAAGAGUUUUGUAAUAAAGUGUUUAAGAAUUCUGUUUGCAACUGCUCUGUGUUUAUUCGAAAAUAAAUUUCUUAAAAUAACGCUUAUUUAGGUGAUAAAGGUAAAUUGAUAGUGGCCGCCGAUUGAUUAGUUCGAAUAUGAUUACAUUCGUUCUCAAAAGCUGGCUUAUUCAUUAACAAGACGUCAUGUUAUUAGUAGUCGUUUAUGUCAGUCAGUCAGCUACAACGUAGGACCAGGCACAUAUGUGCAUCGAUCCAGGUUGCCAUACCGCAUCAGCACACAAGAUGAACACCGGAUUCAUAGCAGUGGUUAGGUCAAAGGUGGUAAUAUAUAAGAGAAAGAUUGCAUAUAGAGAUAUAGUACAAGAAGAAAGGAUUGGUUCGUAGAAAGAAAUAUAUGAAGUGAUUUUAAUCUCUUAGUUUAAGGAAAGACAGAGUGUAUACACCUACGCCACUGUCAUCAAUUCUGAACAAUGUCACCAAGAGUCUCCAACCAUUGGUUACGAUAGUCACGCGGACCCCAACCAAGUAGUCUGCAUCUACCAACAUGGCUCAGACUAGAAGUUAGUGACUUCAAGCACUGAUGCCACGUUUUGAUUUGGCCGCCCCUAACUUUCUUCCAACCAUCUCCAAUACCGGAUAGCAUUGCACGUCGUGGUAAUCGGUGUUCAGGCAUACGUAACACGUGGCCCAACCAUCUCAGUCGAUGAAGAUUCAUAACCUCAUCAACUGAUUUACCAUCAUCUAAUACCCUGCGUCUAACCUCACUAUUACUUACCCUCUGAUCCCAGCAGACGCCAGCAAUAUUUCUAAGACAUCUGUGGUCAAAUACUAGUAGCUUACGAGUGUCUUCUACUCUUAAUGGCCAUGUUUCGCUGCCGUAAAGUAGAACAGAAC